AUUUAAUCAAUUUAGGAAAGGAAGCGUUAGUUAAGAAGAAGAGUAGAUUCGAAAUGAAGUUAAGAGCUUUUCGUGCGUGGGUUGAAUUUACAGGCGAUACGCGUUUAGUAUCAAUUCAGAUCAAAUCUCAAUCUCAUUAAUGAAAUUGAUUCCCAGAUGGGAUCAUCUAUCGUCAAUCUCCCAUCUUCAACAACAACAUCAACAUCAAAACCAAAAUCAAGAUCUUCAUCUUCUUCUUUAGCUCAUUGCAUUUGAGAAUUCUUCCUGCCAUCAACAGCAAUGUCGUCGGGGUCUCAAACCCUAGGCGGCCAAUCCCGCUGCGGAUGGUUACUGGGGCCAUCACUCGACAAGAUCAUAAAAAAUGCUGCCUGGCGCAAACACUCUCACAUCGUCGCUGCCUGCAAAUCCGCCCUCGACAAGCUCGAAACCCUCACCGACGAUUCUUCCUCAUCAACUCCUCUAUACGGCGUCUCCUCCGUCUCCGACGCUGAAUCCUUCAUCCUUCCCCUCAUCCUAGCCAUUGAUUCAUCUUCUCCUAAAGUCGUCGAACCCGCCCUCGACUGUUGCUUCCGUCUUUUCUCCCUCCGCCUCAUCCGCUGCGAGAUCGACCCCUCUGAACAACCCCCCUCCCUCAUAUUCCGUCUCAUUGAUUCUAUAUGCAAGUGCAGUGGUCUCGGCGAAGAGGCUGUUGAGCUCGCAGUCCUCAAAACUUUGCUCUCAGCCGUUCGAUCAUCUACUGUUUUGAUCCGGGCCGAAUGCCUUAACCAGAUUGUGAAGACAUGCUAUAAUAUAUAUCUUGGAGGUGUCAAUGGAACUAACCAGAUCUGUGCAAAGUCGGUGUUGGCUCAGAUGAUGGCUAUCAUAUUCGCUAGGGUAGAAGGGGAUUCCCUGCUAGUCACCUUCAAUACAGUAUCCGUUACCGAGCUGUUAGAGUUCAAUGAUAGAAAUCUUAAUGAGGGGAGUUCUAUACAGUUUGUUCAGAACUUCAUUAACGAGGUUGUUUUCACUAACGUAGUUGAUGCUGAUCUUAAUGCAAAAUCCUUGCCUGAACUGCAAGACGGUAAUGCCAGUGAAAAAGCUGAGUCUCCGCAUGCUGAAUUGCCAGAUAAGGAGGAUUUGAGUGGUUAUUCUAAGAUAAGGGAUGAUGGGGUCAUGGUUUUCAAGAAUUUAUGCAAGCUGUCGAUGAAAUUCUCUUCUCAGGACCAAUCUGACGAUCAGAUCCUUUUGAGGGGAAAGAUGUUGUCUCUGGAGCUAUUGAAGGUAAUCAUGGACAAUGCAGGUCCACUAUGGCGUACAAACGAGAGGUUCCUAAACGUGAUCAAACAGUUCCUUUGCUUGUCCUUACUGAAGAACAGUGCACUUUCAGUCAUGUCAAUAUUUCAGCUUCUCUGUGCAAUAUUUCAGAGCUUACUAAGCAAAUACAGAUCUGUGUUGAAAUCAGAAAUCGGGAUAUUUUUCCCCAUGCUCAUUCUCCGUGUUCUUGAAAAUGUCCUUCAGCCAAGUUUCAUACAAAAGAUGACAAUCCUUAAUUUACUGGAUAAAGUAUCUCAGGAUUCACAGAUUAUGAUCGACAUUUUUGUCAACUAUGAUUGUGAUGUUGACUCCCCAAACAUUUUUGAAAGGACUGUGAAUGGUCUUCUGAAAACUGCUCUAGGUCCACCACCUGGUUCCACAACCACCUUGUCUCCUGUUCAUGAUCUGACAUUCAGAUUUGAAUCUGUUAAAUGUUUGGUUAUGAUCAUCAAAUCAAUGGGAGUUUGGAUGGAUCAACAGCUAAGAAUAGGUGAAUUUGGUGUAAAGAACAACACAUCUGAUAAUAAUGAUAGUGUUCUUGAAAGUAGCAUGAGUGUAGGAGGAGAUGAUGUAAGUCUUCCUGAUUUGGAUUUGCAUCAAGAACCAAAUUCUGAACAUUCCACUGCUACAUUAGAGCAACGAAGAGCUUACAAGAUAGAACUUCAGAAAGGUAUUGCUCUGUUCAAUAGGAAGCCUUCGAAGGGUAUUGAGUUUUUGAUAAGUAACAAGAAAGUUGAAGGGACACCUGAAUCAGUUGCAAUGUUUUUGAAAAACACUUCUGGUUUAAAUGAGACAAUGAUUGGUGAUUAUCUUGGUGAAAGGGAGGAUUUCUCUUUAAAAGUAAUGCAUGCUUAUGUGGAUUCCUUUAAUUUUGAUGGAAGGGAUUUUGGUGAGGCUCUUAGGUUUUUUCUAAGGGGUUUCAGAUUACCUGGUGAGGCUCAAAAAAUUGACAGAAUCAUGGAAAAAUUUGCUGAAAGAUAUUGUAAGUGCAACCCUAAUUCCUUCACUAGUGCUGACACAGCAUAUGUUCUUGCAUAUUCUGUGAUUAUGCUCAAUACGGAUGCCCAUAACAGCAUGGUGAAAGAUAAGAUGAGUAAAGCUGAUUUUAUUCGGAACAACCGUGGGAUUGAUGAUGGAAAGGACUUAGCUGAAGAGUAUUUGGGUGCUCUUUAUGAUCAAAUUGUGAAAAAUGAAAUUAAGAUGAAAGCAGAUGCUUCAUCAAUACCACAAAGCAAACAGACAAACAGUGUUAAUAAAUUAUUAGGGUUGGAUGGUAUACUUAAUCUUGUUUGGAAACAAACCGAGGAAAAGCCACUGGGUGCAAAUGGAGCUCUUAUUAGACACAUCCAAGAACAAUUCAAGGCAAAAUCAGGAAAAUCAGAAUCUACUUACUAUGCUGUAGCAGAUGCAGCCAUAUUGAGGUUUAUGGUGGAAGUCUGUUGGGGCCCAAUGCUUGCUGCCUUCAGUGUAACACUUGACCAGAGUGAUGACAGGGCAGCAACUAAUCAUUGCUUACAUGGCAUUCGCCAUGCUGUGCAUGUGACAGCUGUCAUGGAUAUGAAGCAAAAAAAUGUCGAUGCUGUCAAGACAAUAAUAGCAAUCGCAAUAGAAGACGGGAACUAUCUUCAAGAUUCAUGGGAACACAUACUGACAUGCCUAUCUAGAUUCGAGCAUUUACAGCUAUUAGGAGAAGGUGCUCCAUCUGAUGCAUCUUUUUUAAGUGGAUCAAACAUUGAAAUAGAAGAGAAAUCUGUAAAGUCCAAUUUCACAUCCUUGAAAAAGAAAGGAACCCUUCAAAAUCCAGUUGUAAUGGCUGUUGUUCGAGGCAGUUCUUAUGACAGCACUUCUUCCAAUAAUCACACAUCAGGAUUAGUAACCCCAGAUCAAAUCAACAACUUCAUUUCCAACUUAAACCUUCUUGAACAAAUUGGGAAUUUCGAGCUUAAUCACAUCUUUGCUCAUAGCCAGAGACUAGAUAGUGAAGCUAUUGUAGCUUUUGUGAAAGCUCUUUGUAAAGUUUCCAUGACAGAGUUGCAGUCUGUUACAGAUCCUCGGGUGUUCAGUCUCACUAAAAUAGUUGAAGUUGCGCACUACAACAUGAACCGAAUCAGAUUAGUGUGGUCUCGCAUAUGGAGCGUGCUUUCAGACUUCUUUGUUUCAGUUGGUUUAUCAGAAAACCUUUCAGUUGCCAUUUUUGUCAUGGAUUCCUUACGCCAACUUUCCAUGAAAUUUCUUGAACGCGAAGAAUUGGCAAAUUACAAUUUCCAGAAUGAGUUUUUAAGGCCUUUUGUCAUUGUCAUGCAGAAAAGCAACUCUGUUGAAAUCAGAGAACUCAUUGUUCGUUGCCUCUCACAAAUGAUCCUCAGCAGGGUCGAUAACGUAAAAUCCGGUUGGAAAAGCGUUUUCAUGGCAUUAACAGCAGCUGGAGCUGAUGAAAGGAAGAACAUUGUGUUGUUAGCAUUUGAGACAAUGGAGAAAAUAGUACGCGAAUAUUUCCCUUACAUAACCGAAACCGAAACUGCUACUUUCACUGAUUGUGUGAGAUGCCUCAUCACCUUCACUAACAGCAGAUUCAACAGUGAUGUAAGCCUCAACGCCAUUGCUUUUCUUCGAUUCUGUGCUGUGAAACUUGCAGAAGGUGGACUUAUCUGCAAUCAAGAAACUGUUCCUAUUGAUGAUGAUUCAACUUCAAGCAUUCAAGUGGUUAAAGAAACUGCUGAAACCGAUGGACAAACUCCCAUGGAGAAAGAUGAACAUGCAUCCUAUUGGAUCCCUUUACUCAGUGGGUUAUCUUCAUUAACAUCGGACCCAAGAUUAGCGAUUAGAAAAAGCGCGUUAGAAGUCCUUUUCAACAUCCUAAAAGACCAUGGACAUCUCUUCUCCCGCUCAUUCUGGAUAACAGUAAUCAACACCGUAGUUUUUCCAGUUUUCAAACCCGUAAAUGAAAAAAAAGAAAAUCAACAAAACAAGACAUGGGAUUCGGAAACUUGCUCUGUAGCAACUCGAUGUUUAAUCGAUUUAUUCAUAAACUUUUUCCCGAUAAUGCGUGGGGCCCAUUUAUCCUCGGUUAUAUCGCUACUAGCAGGAUUCUUGAAAACCCCGGGUCAAGGUUCUGCUAGCACCGGAGUAACCGGGUUAAUGAGACUCGUGGGUGAGUUGGGUGGGUUGUUGACUGAAGACGAAUGGGCUUCUAUUUUUCUUGCUUUGAAAGACACUUCGGGUUCCAUGUUACCCGGUUUUUUCAAACUUGUUAGGGUUAUGGAUCGAAUUGAGAUGCCACCAAAUGUUGGCCAAAUCUACGAUGAUGCUGAGAUGCUCAAUGGAAAUGGAGAUGGAAAUGGUUCUAAUUCAAUUCAAGAUUAUGAAGAUGAUAACUUGCAAACUGCGGGAUACGUUGUUUCACGAAUGAAAACACAUAUAUCAACUCAGCUACUUAUCAUGCAGGUGACAACGGAUCUCUACAACAUGCACCAACAUUUACUAAAAGCAUCAAGUGUGAAAAUCGUGUUGGAAAUCUUCUUACAAACCGUAUCCCAUUCCCAACAACUAUCCUCCGAAACAAAUCUCCACAAAAAGCUCCAAAAAGCAUGCUCCAUUCUCGAACUAUCCGACCCGCCCGUGAUCCAUUUUGAAAACGAAUCGUACCAAAACAUGCUCAACCUCCUCCACCACUUACUAGCAACCGACCCGGAUCUAUCUUCUGAAAUGGAGAUCGAACCUCAGUUGUUUUCAACGUGUGAACAAAUCAUAAAAAUAUACUUAAACUGUUCUAAAUUAGAAAAACAACAAGAACAUGUUCAUUGGAUACUUCCGUUGAAUUCAGCAGUGAAGGAAGAGUUAGGUGCGAGAACAGGGUUGCUUGUGUCGGCUUUGAGGGUUUUGAGUGAAGUGGAUAAUGAUAUUUUUAGAAAGUAUGCGGCUCGGGUUUUUCCAUUGAUGGUGGAGUUAGUGAGGUGUGAGCAUAGCUCGCGUGAAGUACAGAUGGUUUUGAGUGAGUUGUUUCAGAGAUGUAUAGGCCCGAUAAUAAUAAUGAAAUCCUGACAUUUUUUUUUUUUUUUUUUUUUUUCUGUAAUUAUAUAUAUUAUACUUGAAAAAAUAUAUAUGUAUUUGUAGGGUAGUGGUGUAGUUUUGGUUAUGACAUGGUUUGU